AUGACUUCUCGAAAAUGCGCUGCCGUGGUGGUCGGAGCUGGCCCGGCCGGCGUCGCUGUUGUCGGCAACUUGCUGGAACGCCAACUAGGCACAAUCGCAUGGAUCGAUCCAUACUUUGAAGCCGGCAGAGUCAACAAGAACUAUCGCGAGGUCCCUAGCAACACCAAGGUAUCCCUAUUUCAAGCCUACGCAACAGCAACAACGCCAUUCCAAAAGGCCAUCGAGAACACAAGCCACCCAAAUGCCUUCACAGCCCUAGCAAAGCUAGACCAGGACAAGACCUGUCAUCUCCACUACGCAGCCGACAUGGUUCGCGGCCUAACAGAUGGCCUGCAGAAAAUGGACGACGUAUACGCCUGUCGCGGCUUCGUCUCGGCAGCAAAUCUCAGCGAAAGAUCCGGCACCGCAACCUGGACCAUCCGCAUCACACAAAAAGACAACCCAUCAGACCUGCAAAUCGAGACUGCCCGCCUGAUCCUCUGCACAGGCUCCCACCCAACGACAGUGCCCCUCCCAAUCCAGGACCCAUCUCUCCAACGCCUGGAUCUGGACCUCGUGCUGAAACCCAGCGCUCUGGCCAAACACCUCCGCGCUGAUAUCCCCGUAACAACAGCCGUUGUCGGUGCUUCACACAGUGCCAUCCUGGCCCUCCUCAACCUAAUCAACCUAAACAAUACCUCCCACCCUAAUCUGCGCGUCAAAUGGUUCACGCGUCACCCGCUCCGCUAUGCGGAAUACAAAGACGGGUGGAUCCUCCGUGAUAACACGGGGUUAAAGGGGAUGGCUGCUGAGUUUGCGCGCUCCCAACUCGAAGACGAUAAGUUGGCAACCUCUCCGGCCGGCAAGGUCGUUACCAAGAUCGACUGUGGCGGUGGCCGUGAGGCCGAGGCGGAGAUGUAUCAGCGCCAUAUGCCGGGCUGUGAUUAUGUUGUCCAGGCUGUGGGAUAUACGCGUGAUCCAUUGCCACAGUUGAAGAAGGAGGGUGCCCCGCUUGCGAUUGAGUUUGAUCAUGGCAAUGGUCGCUUCCAUCAGAAUGGUGGUGCUGAUGUGCCGGGGCUGUUUGGGGCUGGUAUUGCUUUCCCUGAGAGGGUUGUUGAUCCGCUUGGGAAUGUGGAGUAUGCCGUUGGGUUCUUUAAGUUUAUGAAGUUCUUGAAGAGGGUUGUGCCAACGUGGUGA